GCAGAGUAGCUGAGGAGAGUUGCAGAGGACUUUGGGACAGAGAGCGGGAAAAGGACUCUGAGGCCAGGAAAGAUGAACACAGAGGACGCACUGCUCGCGCCCCCGCUGCGUGGAGUUACUCCUGCUUUAAGGAAGGUGAAUAAUUCCUGCUUUGGGACACGUCAAUCGAGGAAGCUCUUUCCUCACCACCAUCCUCCAACCCGGUUGGGGAACAAGUUUCUCCCUCUUAGGGGAUCACCCCACAGGGGGCCUGGGUGUUAUACAGCAACAGAUUGGAAUGGCUUGGCAUACAACCUAUCUAGGAUUCCAACCAGUACAAAAGGCUAUGCUUUUGGAGCCAGAACAGCCUUGAGGUUUAAGCCAAUAAGCAAGGAUGUGACACCUUAUCCAGGCAUGUAUCAGAAAGUUAAUACUUGGGACGAAAAAUACAAACAAAGCUUUGCUCCAUUUAAUGUCUCAAUGCCACGAUUUAAAACUGAAGCAAACGACCCUUCUUAUCCUGGCCCUGGCACAUACAACCCAGAGAAGAAGCCACCCCCAAAAAUUGUUUGGCCAAUGAAAUUUGGAGCGCCAGACUGGGCUCAAGUUCCAUGUCUGCCAAAAAGAACUCUGAAAGCUGAGCUGUCUACAGACAAGGACUUUAGAAAGCAUCGGAACCGUGUGGCCUACUUUAGCCUGUAUUACAAGUGA